AUGACCGAAGAAAGCGUGACGCCUCCGCGUACAAACACGCAGAAAAAGUUCGCCUCAGCGACACCCAAGCAGACGACGCCAUCCACCUCAUCGUCUGGCAGUCCCAACGUCGCCGCCAACAAGGGAGCCGGAUCGGCCCAGUCUCGCAAGGGCAGUCGCAGCAACGCAGAAAAACAGUCGGGACGAGCCUCGAACAAUGGCCAGGCCAACGCAAGUGAAGGUAUGGCGAGUAUCAAAAACAUCAUAUCCAAGCCCCAGGAUUCACCUUCGUCCGAAUCUUCUUCCCCACAAGCUUCGGCUACCAACCGUUCGGGUCACCACAACCAACCCCGCUCCAACUCGAACUCACCAGCACGCCAACGCCAACAAGCUGGUGGCGGAGGGGGACCGCACCGCAAGAACCAAGCGUCGUCGACGACCCCACCGGCGUCAGCCCCGAUGAUCCAGACCUUGUCAUCGAGCCUCAACCCGCAAGCCGGCGGCUUCCAGCCCAACAUGCUCGGCCCCAUCCAUGACUCGCUCGACGAAUCGCUCGUCACACCGACGGCGACCCACUUUGACCUGAUGGAAGGCAUCCCGAGGUCCGCCGCCGCGAUCGCUCGGGCUACCAAAACCGGUGCCGGUGCCGGUGCCGCAGCAGCAACUCCGCGACAGUACGCCGACUUCUCUGCCAUGGGUGCGAUCGGACCCGGGGCCGAAUUUCUCGGUGGGUUCGCGGCUCCUCCAAACUUGGGCGCCGGUGGCAAUGGUGCACGUGCGGGAGGAUUUGGCUUCUCGUUCCCUCCCGCGACCUCGACGCAACAACAGUACGCUCAAAUGCAAGCCGCGCAACAGCAAGGCCCUUACGGGCAACAGAUCGCCCAACAGCAGGCCGCAACCGGCGUGGCGAGUCAGGCCAGCGAGCUCCUGAGCGAGCAGCUGGCGAUCCAACAGCAACUGGCGAAUCUGCGCAUUCAGCAAGAACAACUCCUGGCACGGUUUGGCGACAUGCAGCAGCAGCAGCUCCAAGCCGCUUCCGGCGCGGAGCCGACGCAACCAGUGCUGGUCAACAUCGCGACCACGAACCCACCUCCGAGCCAUCGACGUGGCCAGAGUGCCUUCAGUUCGUUCGGCAGCGGUGGCGGUGCGAGUGCAUUCGGCCAAAUGGGUUCAUUCAAUGCUGGACCCAUCGUUGGCUCGGCCUCUGCGGCGUCGGGCAACUCCUCUGCGGCUGGUCUGCCAAAAGGUCAUGGGCGCCGCCACUCGGUCAACACCAAGGCCCAACAACAACAACAACAGCAGCACCAGCAGCCUACGGGGCAGCCUGAUCAACAAACCCUCUCUAGCAGCUUCCAGUUCCCCAACCACGUCCAAGAUGGUAACCACAAUUCUUCGAACGAUCGCAACCAGCAGAGGCUCGACUUCAACACCUCCAACGACCAGGCGUCAGCCGGUCGUGCCUAUGGCCACCAACGGCGACAGAGCGGCAGCAUGUCCUCGCUUGGAGGAUGGCAAGCGUCCUUCACCGGACCGGGUCAACAGCAGGCGAACCUCGCCGAGGCAUCGGCUCAUCUUCAACAGCUAGCGGCUUAUCGAGCUUCGGCGGGUCACGCUCGCGUCCCCUCGUUCGGCAUGUCGACGUUGGGUCAAGGACCGGGUCAAUUGGCGAUGGCAUCCUACGGCGGUGGCUUGCCCCAACCGGGUCAACACAACCAACAGGGCAACCAGGCGAGGAAGAGUUUAUUCGCUCCUUAUCUACCCCAAGCCUCGAUCCCGCCUUUGGUCCAGGCCGGCAAGUUGGUCAUCGGGACGUUGAGGGUCAACAAGAGGAAUCGUUCUGACGCGUACGUCGCUACCGACACGCUCGAUUCCGACAUCUACAUCUGCGGAUCCAAGGAUCGCAACCGUGCGUUGGAGGGCGAUCUCGUCGCUGUUGAACUCCUCGAUGUCGACGAAGUGUGGGGAACGAAGAAGGACAAGGAGGAGAAGAAGCGCAAAAAGGAGGAGAACGCGAGCUACGACCCUCGUGCGACGCGCGAUCUGCGCAAGAUCGACAAGAAGAAAGACGACGUCGAAGUCGAGGGCCAGGGUAUGCUCUUGUUCGAAGACGAGGAGGUCAACGACGACCAAAAGCCUCAGUACGCCGGUCACGUCGUUGCUGUGGUUGAGCGAGCCCCCGGACAACUCUUCAGUGGUAUGCUUGGCGUCUUGCGGCCCAGUUCCGCAGCGACGCAGCAAAAGCAAGAGUCGGAGCGCCGAGAACGCGAGGGCGUCGAUCUUCGCUCGGGCAACAGCAAUUCGACGCCGUCAUCGGGCAACGCCUCGCAGCAGCAGCCGUACGGCGGCGGAGGCAACCACGUCCCUGCACCGAGGAUCAUCUGGUUCCGACCGACCGAUAAGCGCGUUCCGCUCAUCGCGAUCCCGACCGACCAAGCGCCCGAGGAUUUCAUCGAAUGCCCGGACAAGUACGCCUCGAGGCUGUUCGUUGCUUGCAUCAAGCGCUGGCCCAUUUCUAGUUUACAUCCUUUCGGUAGUUUGGUCGAAGAGCUAGGAGAGAUCGGCGAUAUCGAGGCCGAGACGAACGCGCUCCUGAAGGAUUGCAACUUUAGCAACGAUGGUCAGUCUCAUCUUUGAUCUCAGUGGCGAUCAUUUAAUUGCAGGAGCUGAGGCGGACUCUCUCUCUGCAGAUUUCUCGGAAGCCGUCGUCAAGUGCUUGCCACCCAUUCCGUGGUCCAUUCCCGAGCGCGAACAACAACCCGAAGUGCGCCGCGAUUAUCGCGACCAGCGCGUCUUCACCAUCGAUCCUGAGACGGCAAAAGAUCUCGACGACGCUUUGCACGUGGUCGAGCUCGAGGAUGGCACGUUCGAAGUCGGAGUCCACAUCGCCGACGUGUCGCACUUUGUUCGACCCAACACCGCGCUCGAUCGUGAGGCUCGUAAGCGUGCGACGACCGUUUACCUCGUCCAGCGCGCCGUUCCAUUGUUGCCCCCGACUUUGAGCGAGGAGCUUUGCAGCUUGAACCCGCGCAGCGACAAGUUGACGUUCAGUGUCGUGUGGAAGAUGACGCGCGAAGGCAAGGUGCUAUCGACCUGGUUCGGCAAGACUUUGAUCAAUUCGAGGGCCAAACUCGCUUACAGCGAUGUCCAAGAGGUGCUCGAGGGUCGCGACCUCGUCCAGGGCAAGUUCGAGACCGAACAAGAGCGCCUCGAGGCCAUCGAGGACAUCAAGCGCUUCAACACGAUUGCGCGCAACCUCAAGAAGGAGCGCUUCGAGAAUGGCGCGUUGCGGAUCGACAACGUCAAGGUUUCGUUCAAGCUCGAUGAGGAUGGCCAGCCCGAGGAUUGCGAUCACUACGUGCGCAAGGAGGCGAACGAGUUGAUCGAAGAGUUCAUGUUGUUGGCCAACAUGUCCGUUGCGCGUAAGAUCGCCACUGGCCUUCCCGACCAAGCCCUUUUGCGACGCCACGAACCCCCUAUCGAUCGUCGUCUGGACGGCUUCAUUGACCGCAUGGGUCGAUUGGGUAUCAAACUGGAUGGUAGUGGACCUGGCGCUUUGAUGAACUCGUUCAACCAAGUCACCGACGAGGCGUCUCGCACGACGCUGCAGCAUCUCAGCAAGCGUUCGAUGCAACAGGCCAAGUACUUUUGCACGGGCACGCUCGACAUCUCCAAGUACUUCCACUACGCGCUCAACGUGCCCCUCUACACGCACUUCACGUCCCCGAUCCGAAGGUACGCUGACGUGAUCGUGCAUCGCCAAUUGGAGGCGAUCCUUGCGCACCAGGCGGCUCAAGACGCAGCGCACGAGGCGCAGCAAGCGAGUGUCGGCGAACUCAAGUUCUCACUCGAUGUCGAGGCCGUGAGCAAGAUCGCGUCGAUGUGUAACAUCAAGAAAAUGAACGCCAAGUUGGCGCAAGAGCAGUCGCAGCACUUGAUGCUCUGUGUGCUCGUCCACGACCUUACGAAACGCUACGGUCCCGUCAUUCGACCCGCGGUCGUGAUCGGUGUCUUGGACCAGGCCUUUGAUGUCCUCGUUGUCGAGUUUGGCAUCGAGAAGAGGGUUCAUGUCGUAAGUGUUGAUGUCUGCUCUACCUCUUGCGCCAGAUAGCACCUGACACGUUGCCCGGAUCGUCACUGCAGGAUCAAAUGCCAACCGAGUCGACGCAAUACGACGAACAUGACAACAGCCUGUCGAUCUAUUGGAAGAAGAACGUCGAGGUACUGGGCUGGCUCGCCGAGAAGAACAACGACGAGCACCUGUUGCGCAUCCGCGAUCAGGCCGAGUUCCAUGCGCGCGGCUUGGGCAACCAUGCCGACAAAAAAUCGAGGGCGGAGAGCGCGUUAUUCGAUGUGAGUAUCCGGUUAACGUUGUAAUUUCGACCGCGAUCGGAGUACUGACCGCACCGCUCCCUUGGACACCGUGUCGUUGCAGGACGACGAGGACGACGAGGAGUCGGCGGACGCCCAAAGAAAACGACCGCUCCGAAUGACCGGUCAGAGGCUCAAGAGUCUCAACAAAUCGCCACUUAAAUUCGAGGGUUUGUCCGACCGUGACCAGCAUUGUAUUCAAACCGUCCGGGAAUUGCAGACUGUGCCGGUCGUCAUUACGUGAGUGCUAUGCGCACACUGCUUUCGAAAUGCUCGCCCCAUUGCGCGCAUCAAAUACUGACAAAUCAUCAUGCUGCGUGCUUCACAGGUCCGAUAUGACCAAAAGUCCUCCCGUCAUCAAGGUCCAUGCCAUCAACCCUUCUUGCUCGAUCUAG